AAUCAAAGUACUCACGUCCCGCUCUCUGCUGCCUUCCACCCCCCACCACCUUCAUUCCCCUUCUAAUGACAGGCGCGUCGGAGGCAUUCAGACUGAUCGAGACAGGUGGCGAUCCUCGGCUGCAUCCAGCCCUGGAUUACACACUGUGCCUGCCACUGCUGCUCUCUCGAUACUCAUUUGAAUCGGUUCCUUUCCUUGCGCGCUUUCCACAAGCAAGAACCGUCUUGAAGUACUUGGAUCUCGACUAUCGGUUGAUUCAGCAUCAAGUCAAGGAGGAGCUGCACUUGCAAAAGCAGGGAGUCAAUAUGUCAACCACGGCGUCGAGGGCUCGUCUUUUCGAAACAGGAACGGCCGAGGAGCGCGCUCGGACUGUUCUCGUUGAGCUCGAGACAUUGAUGCGGCGUCAUGAUGAAGAAAGUCAAACAGGGACACAGCUCAAGGAGCAGGAUUCGACAGUGCUCAGUAACCCGAUGUAUUACCAGGAAGUUUCCGUCCUGCUUGCAACAUUCACCCUGCGAUGCAAAAACCCCUUAUUAAAUGUUCAGGCUAUUAUUCAGUCGCUGCGCUGGCUGCAGGACUCGGCACCACUGAUUACCUAUAUUAUCGCCAACCAUCCACUCGAGUUCUUACCAACUAUCGAAUCGCUUCUAGAAACCACUGGUUCCGUCCAAACUUCAAAGGCGAUUAUUUUGCGCCUGUGUAAACUGGCCGAACACAAAAUCUGGAAUGUCCGACAAUGGCUCGUCGAUCGGAAAGUGUUUCCCAACCUCGCCAUUGAACUCAGCAUCGAGCAUUGCCAUGAUGAGAUAUGUUUUAUGAACAGGAUUCUGCGAGGACAGCCAGAAUGGCUCACCAGCGGCAUGGACCCUGUUACCAAGACAAGUCUGACGUCGAUAAUGGAGUUCAUAUUCUCAUCUCUGAACGACGAGCUCACAUCGCAACGGCCUGAUCAUAUUUCUGUCAUUCGGCUGCUGAGGAUUUUGUCCGGCAUGGUGGGAUUGAUGAGCCUAGCACUAUCGACUGAGCAGUUGGAGAUCUCCCUGGGAGUUCUCGAAAUGAUACCUAUUGAGCCAAGCACGAUCGAUGUGAAGAUUUGCUUCAUUUUGAUGUGUGCAGCUCAGAUACUCAAGUACUCACAAUCUCGACUUGAGCGAGUGUUGCACUAUCUAAUGACAUCCCCAGAAUCACCGCGGAUGUUAAGCCUCUUAGUCUGGCUCCAGGCGCAUCAGCUCUUAAAGGUUGACGACUUCGCAUCCAAAGCGCUCUCGAUGAAUAUCGUUAUCCCGCGAGCCGGCCUGAUGGAGCUGAGCACGCUUUUCUCUUCACUCUUCUCAAGCGCCGAGUUGGCCUCAUGCGCUCUCGGGAUUGGCAGAAGAAAGUCAUAUAUCCCUUGUCGCACAGCAGGUUCGCCAGUACCAUUGAAGUCGUCAACACCAUCAACGCCAUCAGCAUCUUCAUCGACGAUGUUAGCUCCUGCAUUCGCAACCGGUUGUAAUGCCUCGGAACUGCGGUCUACUGCGAAUUUCCUAGUUGGAUACCUGCUACAGCAAGAUGUAUUUCACAAGAGUGCAAUCGACGUACGGUCCUGGGUCAUGGAACAAAUACAGGCGUCCACCAUCCCGCUGGAUGCCAACAUGAUUCAUCUCUUGCGCUCCUACACCGCCGCCGCUGCACGCUCAAAACAUAUCUCGCGGAUACCGGAACAUGACAUCCGGGCCUUCUUCAGCAAUCCAUGCGAGGAUCUAACGCCAGCCAAAGUGCUGCUCGUCCUGUAUAUGCUGAUGAACAAUGACAUUUGCCUCUCUAACUUUGGCAACAAUAACAGUAAUACGGAGGAGAAUCGAGUUCCAACUAUAGAAUAUGACGCGACCCUUUUGGAAUACGUGCAGAUCCGCAAAGUAAUUCUCUAUGUCCAAAACUUCCAAGGCGGGAUGGCGUUUCAAGCGGUGCAGCCCAUGUUUCUGAAGCUCGUCAACGCACAGUUCCCAGAGCUAUUUGAUGUCACAACGCUACUAAUGGAAGAAGGCUUAGCCACAACUUCAUGGACAAAAACCUCGCCAGACUGGGUAUCGAGUGGGGUAGGAGUAGCAGCGGCGAGCAUAGGCACGCGUCAACGGUACAUUGAAUCCAAGGAAGCAACAGCCGUUAUGGAACCUCAUUUCAAAGCAAUCGCCCAACACAUCGAAAAUCCGGAUGCGGCCGUCAAAGGAUAUCACACCUUCCAAAGGUUAUCACAGCCGGACAGACAAGGCAUGGCCAAGGAGAUUGUACAGGCGAGUCUACCGUCGUUGCUCAAUCCCAGCUCACAUCCAGCUGUCUUGGAGGCGUUCAAAAAGACAUGGGAUCAACUCAACAGCGUGAUGCCGCAUGACUUAUGGGCCAUGACCAUCCAUGCGCUGAUUGAGCGACCAGCUUCUCCCACCUCAUCAGACAAUCAAGAAUCGAAGGGCAGUCAACAGACGACACAGAAAAAGAAGAUACAGGAGCAGGGUCAGCCUCAACAUCAGGAGUAUUAUACGUUCGAGUGGCUCGUUCAGGAUCCAUUGCUGCUUUUCAAGGUGGAUUUUCGGGUUUUCCGCUCGCCCAUCAUCUUUCGACUCUUUGUGCAGAUUCUGGGUGCAGUCAUGGUCGGCUCUCGGCACUGGUUCCGCAAACAAUUUCAAGCUUCGCAGUCUGCCUUUCAGAGUCAACAAAGCUGGAUGUCAGGCCAAGUAACACGUCGACAGUUUAAGGAGGUCAACCUGAGCGCCAUGCUCUAUAUCCAGGAUUCUGUACUGAUCCAGCUGAUGCUUGAGACCUGUCAAGCUCGAGCUGAGGAUAUCGUGGAACCCUUUGUUGCGAUCAAAGAGGCAGCGCAGGAAACUGUUCGGAGAGACGGCGGCACCCAUGCAAAGACAAAAAAAGAACUCAUGGAUACCGGAAAGAAUAAGGAUGCCUUUGCAUGCAAAGCAGAAGGCGUGUCCGAUGCGCUCAAGGAAAUCCGCACGGUCACCUUCAAUUUCCUUCACCAGCUCUUUAUCGACCACAAGAUCUUUCCGAAGCUGCUGCAUUUCCAGGGGUAUGCCAUAGACCUGAUACCGAUCACGGUGGCAGGGAUCGACUCGAUCCAUGUGUGUCUUGACUUUUUACAGGAGAUCCUCUUCGCCAGUGUGCCAUUACCUAUGUCCGCAUCGUCGUCGGUGGGCUCCAGAUCAAACGAAAAUAAUGCUAAUACCAUCAGCAAAGCGGAUGCAGCACCGCAGGUGUUUGCGCUCAGACUGGCAGUGCAGCUGUGUGAACGAUUCCCGCUUCCACAUACAAGGCAGAUGGCAAUCGACUUCAUUCUGCCGCGGCUGCGGGAGCUGGCUAUCAGUACGGGCUUUUCUAAAGAGGUUCUGGAGAGCGCUGUGGUGCUUGCAAAAGGAUUCCCAACUCUUGGCAGCGACAUUAUGGAGGUUUUGCGAGAAACGAGUGGUCCGCAGGAUAAAAUGGCACUUGCAAGGACUGUGGACGCCAUUAGCCAGGCACUGUCGGACCCCACUAUUUGUGACAAGAGCCUUCUCUAGAAGAACGAACCUCAAUGUAUAAAUGUACCGGUCUUUUACCUUCUCCCCAUGCAGCAAUGCAUGCAGCAACGAGCUAUCAAUACCCUUAAGUAUCCCAUUCGAAUCAGGGGAUCUUAGAGUAGCAAACAAAAACAAAGAGGUGCGCGACGCGUUCAGCUUGUACUCUGCCCAUUUUCCCCUCACCCAACUCAUUCCUGGCCGGUCAUCGACGCCGACAUCGACAAUCGAUAUCCUCUACAAGUCCUAUUUCAUUCCGUCUUGAACCCAGCGC